AUGCACGUUCAUGGACAAUCGGACUUCUUCGUGCUCGCCAACCCCGUUCAAAUGGCCGACAACAACACUGUACUCUACGACGCGUUCACCUCAUUCACAGAGGGCUCGACGGUGUACAACUACACCGUCGUAGAUGGAGUCGCGUACAGUUCGCGCAGCUCUUCUGGUGUCGACAGCCCGUUGGUGACAUGUGGAGAUUCAUCUACCGUGCCAUCAAUUAACUCAUUCGUUUCAGCUCUGGGUGAUUUAACUCCAGUGACGGGGAUAUCUUCGAGCACUGGCAGUGUGAUUGAAUGCUCCAGCGGCAACGCGUUCAAGUUUUCGGUUGGUAACAUCAACUUCGGGUUAUGCGCGUUAGGUUCCUCGGGCUUCGCAAUAUUCGGCAGCGACAUGGCCGUCACUGUGGAGUAUUUGGCGAACCGCGUGGAUAUUGUGGCACCCGAAGUCAAUGCCGACUCGGAAGGUGGAUGCAAGGCAGUAGCAUCGCCCAGUUCGUUGUCAGCGCUAGCAAGAUCAUUGCUCACUGGUGAGGCGAUUUCCACUAACUCAGAGCGAAAGUUGAAGGCGGAGUUCGACUUCUCUCUCGAUGACUCGUGCUCAUGCAAGUCAAAGCCACGGCCGUGCAUCUUUGUCCACGGUUUGGGGAUUCGCAAAGCGGAGCCGAAGAACAUCAACAAACGUCCAAGGUACUGGGGAGAUUUAACGGAUCAUGCUCCUUGCUGCUCGUCAAUGAAGUUCGCGAUUCUCGAUACGAUAAAAUACUCUUGGACGGACGCUAUCCAGCAGCAAGAGGUGUGCGACCGAGUGCUCGUGGUGAGCAACACCAGCCACGGAAGAACAAUUUCCGACACGAUUAUCGUGACGCACUCCAUGGGGGGACUUAUGAUGGCAGGCGCGAUCGCAACUGGGAAGUGCAAGCUAGCGUCAAGCUCUACGUGGGUCAGCUCUGCAGCGCCGAUGACCGGAAGUAUGUCCUCCGACUAUUUUCAGGAUUCCUGCAAGGACGACUCAAACUUCUUCAUGGAGACGUUCGUGGAUCUCACAGGCUUGUGCCCCGCAGGUGACGGGAUUCAGUCUCUAGCGUACGAAAACGAAACGUACAGCAAUCCAAAGCUUGAUGAAGCAUACGCCGUCACCCGGGAAGCGUACCGGGCCAAUGUAUCCGCCCUCAUGUGCAGUAAAGGGUACGCUGGGAUAUAUUCGAUUGAGCAUUUGCAAUACCGGGUGCUGGGCAACGCGGUCCCCCACAAGUCGGACCAAAACGACAGCAUGGUCGAGUUCCAGAGCUGCGCCGCAGGGAUCCCAGAAUCGAAGUUUGGCAACACGUAUCGUGAUAAGUUCUACGCGACACAGCUAAACCAUGCCGAUGCAGCCUUCAGACAUGGCGAUUCGCUCGUAGAUGAGGCGAAGAUGCCAGUAAAAUGGUUCGAGUGCUUGUUGUAG